GUUGACUCUUAUCAGGGCACCUCGUAAUACUUCCAUGGGGCGACUUCGUAAACAUCGCGCGGCGCUGUCAAAUCCUAAACCAUGGCUACUCACGCUAGUUUGUUCUGCCGCUUCUUGGACGGACAUAGACGUGUGCAAUAUUUUAGAAAACUGUGCGUAAGAGGUGCAAACUCGGACACACAGCUGCACCCCAGCGUUGCCCCAAAGCAGAGUGAACUUGAAUCUAUUGACACUACUUCAGCUGCUCACAAGUACAAAUUUUCUAUCAAAACAGCUUUGAAACAGAAGAGGUUUACAGACGACAGCAAACCCUUUUCAGCCUUCCUGACCGAUACGUUUGGCCGGAGGCACUCAUAUCUGCGCAUAUCUUUGACUGAAAAGUGCAAUCUCCGCUGCCAGUAUUGCAUGCCAGAGGAUGGAGUGAAGCUGACGCCAAAGGCCCAGCUGCUGUCCACUGCAGAGAUCCUGACCAUAGCCCGCCUCUUUGUACACGAGGGGGUUGAUAAGAUUCGUCUCACUGGAGGAGAGCCCCUUAUCCGCCCUGAUGUGGUUGAUAUUAUAGCUGAACUAAGGAAACUGGAAGGACUCAAAACCAUUGCUGUCACAACCAAUGGCUUAAAUCUUGCCAGGACCCUGCCCCGGCUCAAGCAGGCUGGUUUAAGCCACAUCAAUAUCAGCCUGGACACUCUGGUACCAGCCAAGUUUGAGUUUAUAGUCAGACGGAAAGGAUUUCACAAAGUCAUGGAGAGCAUUGACAAGGCAAUAGAAAUGGGCUAUAAUCCCGUGAAGGUCAAUUGUGUGGUAAUGCGAGGAUUUAAUGAGGAUGAGGUAAUGGAUUUUGUGGCACUCACAGAGAAGAAGCCUGUGGAGGUGCGAUUUAUUGAGUACAUGCCUUUUGAUGGAAACAAGUGGAAUUUUAAAAAGAUGGUGAGCUAUCAGGAGAUGCUGGACCAGAUUCGUCAGCACUGGCCAGACAUUGGAAUGGUUCAAACAGGGCCAACAGACACAUCUAAGACAUAUCAAGUUCCUGGUUUUAAAGGACAGGUGGGCUUCAUCACUUCCAUGUCUGAACAUUUCUGUGGUACCUGCAACCGCUUAAGAAUCACCGCGGAUGGCAACCUCAAGGUGUGUUUGUUUGGCAACACGGAGGUGUCCCUGCGUGAUGCCAUACGCUCUGGUGCGUCAGAUGAAGAGUUACUACAGAUAAUUGGAGCAGCUGUUGGCAGAAAGAAGAAGCAGCAUGCAGGGAUGUUCAACAUCUCCCAAAUGAAAAACAGGCCCAUGAUCUUCAUUGGCCAUUUGUCACUUCCCCAAACCACACAUCCUGGAAGAAUUAGUCUCCACCAUAUUUUAAACUCGGAGGAUGUUUUGUGCCUUACUGACUGGAAAGCCUCAACAAAGCCCACCCGUGUCUUUUCCCCCAAUAUAUAUGGACACCUUCGGUCCAAUACGAGCAGGAGCCCACUUGAACCUGCCCCCAUUUCUUGCACACUUCCACCUAAUGCCAAACUACACCAGAGUAUUCGACUAUGCCAUCACAGCUCCGAUACAGAUGCUAAGCUUUCACAUACAGAUGCCCAGGGCCGGGCAUCCAUGGUGGACGUUAGCGUGAAAGUUCCCUCAUGUAGAACAGCCUCAGCUCAAGCUAUAGUCCUACUAGGUCCCACAGCAUUUUCACUCUUACGGGAGAACCAGUUGGUUAAAGGUGAUGCGUUAGCUGUUUCACAAAUAGCAGGGAUUUUAGCAUCAAAACAGACUUCAAACUUGAUACCACUAUGCCACCCACUUCCCCUUGAUCAUGUUACUGUCACAUUUGAGCUGGAUGAGAAGCAGCACGCCGCUAUUAUCAGCACCACAUGUCGCACCACAGGCCGCACAGGAGUGGAGAUGGAGGCACUGACUGCAGCGUCUGUGGCCGCACUUACCCUCUACGACAUGUGCAAAGCUGUGACCCAUAACAUCAUCAUCACAGACGUCAAAUUAAUCAGUAAAACUGGUGGCAAAAGGGACUUCCAUUGCUUUCAGAACACAAUAAAAUCCCCUGAUGUGAAAGGAUGCUAGAGAGCAUAAACAGUAUAAAGAAGUGGACUAAGGGAGUGUAACAUAAUUUAUAGCGUUUGGCUAUGGCCAAAUGAAGCUCACCGAAGCUAGCAGUUAUGGGGGGAAAUUGGAACCAAGAAUUUAACAAUUUUUCUGUGGACAAAACGGCGUAUUAAAAAUUAUUACUAAUUAUGUACAGUGGGUCAAUAUGAAUAUUUUAAGGCCAAAAUGACGAGGCUUUCUGCAUCAGUUACAGUACACCGAGAGGGGUGACAAUAUUCCAAUGUACGUCCAUUGGAGCCAGGGUCAGAAGGAGCCGGAAGCAUCCCCAUGAUCACCUAUAUGGAACGCGGCAGCUAGUCAGCUAUGUCCAUACAGUCUAUGCCUGUGAAGUACAAUCAUGUUCAACUCUUUUAGGCCUACAUAGGUGAGUGACCAACAAAAUUAUUUUGGAUAGCCUAUUUGCAAAAAUUAUAAUUAAUAUCUAAUAUAUUCUCCAAAAUAAGAAAACAAAAGACUGCAAAAAAUAAAAGGAACCUAAAGUAUGAAGUGUUAUUUCUAUACUCUUCUGUCAAUAUCGUGUGAUAUAUACUAACAUACUGCAACAGUCAGUCAUCUCCCAAAUAUUGAAGCUAAACAUUAUUGUCAGUACCACCUGCUCAUAUAAUGUAACACUAAUGCAAAUGCACACUAAUAUUCAGUUAUAUAAAAUGUAAUAACUUAAGCCCUCUAUAGUAAAAGUCAAUGCUAUGAGUGUUCUUAACAUUUGUCAUGGCUAAUUCUGGUAUAUUUACAGAAAUGUUCAUUAAUAUGCACUCUAUAUGAA